AUGCCGCUACCUAUCGAAUUGCAGUGGUUCGACACUACUGAGUGCACCGGGGAGCCACUGGAGCCUCUCGCUGCAGCUCAGACAACGACUGGGUCGUCCAACGUGGUAGUGUCUCACAGCCUGUACGACGCUCACUUGGCUAGGGAUGGAGACCCCACUACUGGCUGGAGGGCUUCUACUUGUGCUAUCAGUUGCUUUAUUGGAUAUCAGUUUGCUCCUUCGGUGACCAUACGAUGCUUGAAGCUACUCCAGGGUGCUGACAUGUCGGAGUUGGCCUACUCGGCCCGGCUCGAGAGAAAGCUCGUGGGGGAAGCUACUUAUACUAGGAUAAUGGACUUCGACUUCCUUUCUGGCGAUAUCUGGAUGAAACUCAAUGAUUUUUGGGUGUUCCCGCCGAGCCGUAGGAGGUGGAGGAUUGCCAAUGCAGAGGCUGUGAGGGGACCGUGGACAAUCGUCGAUCUGGGAUUUUACGUGGACUCAGCCUGUGAAGUUGACACCAUCCUAACAGUUAGUGGUACUCCUAUGUCGAGUGCAUUCAAAGCCUCCAAUGGCCCGGUCCGAGCUUUCGAUUGGAAGCCGUCUACCGAAUGGACUGCUGAGUGUGUAACGGCUGAGUGUGGGCCCUAUGAGGCCUGGUUGGGGAUGCAGUUCGACACGGAAUUGCCUAUCAUUGAGUGUGUGAAGAUGCAGCAAGGUGUGGAAGUCGACGCCUAUGUUACAUCAGUGGUAUUGCAGUACUUAUCUGGGGAGAACGUAUGGAUGACAGUUGCGAGAUACGAUGGACUGUUUGGUGGUACUCGACUGGUGCUCUCCCCUAUGCUGCCACGGAGCUCAUGGAGGCUCACAGUAACGCAGGUAGUGAGCCGGCAAUGGGACAUCCGCGAGCUUGAACUGUAUGCUGAUGCGGAGUGUACUGAGGCGCUCCAUCCACUACAGCACGAUGGGGGCCACAGCUUGGCGGCGGGGCUCGAUCAGGGCCUGGUACGGGACAUAUCUAUCAUCGCAUCGUCCCAUGAAGAGUCGAGACACCCUACUUAUGCCUUCGACGGUGUCACCAACGAUGCCAGCAAGUCCUGGAGGAGCCAGUGUUCUUCCUGUUAUGAAGAGGAAGCGUACUCCUUCGAUCUGCUCAGUGGAGGGUCAUGGCUCAGUUUGACAUACGGUGGCCAGACGCUGCCAUCAGGGGUCUUGCGAGUAUACCCGAGUUACAACUCUACGAUAUGGCGACUAAAGGGUAAAGGCUGGGGGUUGACGGCCUGUGGCUCCGACCUUACUCAGAGGUGUCCGGUGUGGAGUGUUGAGAUGUAUACCAACCCCGAGUGUAGGGGAGGUCCUGUGCAGGGUCAGCCGGUCUCAUCACAGGGUGUUGCAGGUGAGCAGGAGGACCCGUAUCUUGUGUAUGAUGGGCUAUACGAGACAGGAUGGUUACCGAGGCUACCGUACUAUGAUGACUACGCAGGAUCGUAUGAAGAUGAACAACUUGGAAUAGUAUCGACUCCCCGCCCACCCGAUGUUCGUGUUUAUGAGUCCACGAAAGCCGGUACUCUUUCCUCGGGAGCUCAGAAUGAGGGCGACUCGAUGAGCGAGAUUGUCCUGGAAAGACUACUGGCAUGGCAGUCAACGACUCAAUGGGAGAGGACUAUGGUCCUCAGGUACGAUCAGCGUUGGUGUGCAUCUUCUGGGACAUGUAAUUGGCUUGAUAAGAGCUGCUGUACCACCACUAUGAACCACCAAAGAACCUAUCUCAGCACAGGAGUCUUCCUGGAGGCCAGAAACAUUAACACUUCGGAUCGCCCCCAGCACGUCAGAUUAUUGUCGUACUAUACGACAAUACGACUCGUACAUGUGAUCCCUGACGACUCGUCAGGGUCAGUGAAGUUUCGUUCCAUCGAGACUCGAAGUGUGAAGGACCUUCUAUCGGUAGAAACGAUGACCAACAGCCAGCAAUACCGAGCGUUUGAUGCGAAUACCGAUACGUUCUGGCAGCCUGCCUCCAACGACUAUAAUCCAUGGAUUGGACUUACGUUCACCGUUUUUGGAGGAACGAAUUCAUCUCGUGAGGUGAAGUGUGUGCGUAUUCUGCAACCUCUCGAUGUGACAAAUACAGCGGAGUCAGUCGUGUUGGAGACCUCCGAGCCCAACAAUCAGGACUGGAUACAGAUCCGAGUGAUCCACUAUCUCUCUGGUGGCUCAUGGCUUGCCCUCACGGAGGCAGCCUCAGAACCCCCACCGAACACUAGAUGGCGGAUUGUGAAUACGGCCCCUCUGGGCAGGCGACUGCUUUGGAAAGUAUACGACAUUCGUCUAUAUAACUCGGAGCAGUGCACAGAUCAGAGUCGCAUUCCUACUACUAGUGCUCUCGGGGCGACGGCCAUCGCCAGUGGGUACACUGGUGAGAACCCACCACAUUAUGCAUUUGAUGUUGAUGGCGAAGCCACAGCUUGGUGGGCUCCUUGUGACUUUUGCAGCACGGCUGAGGCAUGGAUCGGCAUCCAGUUCGAUCCCGACGUUAUACCUGAGGGGGGUAUCGACAUCCAGUGCGUGACCAUUGGGGCCAAUGCACUUGUGAAUGAGCUCCUCUGGGCCUUGCAGGUCUACGAUCCUGUGUCGGAAGUCUGCCUGGAGAACCCUAACGCCAAGGAGUGUUGGAGAAAUGUUGAUGUCACACGCAAGACCUGUGCUCCGGGGGUAACAGAUGUGAAUGACCCUGGCUGUGCCACUGAUGUUGUUUAUGCCACCACACCGAUGCCGGAGCUCAAUGAUAGCCAUUUGGAGAUGCUCGUACUCGUAGCUUUGGUCGUAUCGCUGAGCACCAGGGUCGAACGCUUAGCUUCUAUCGAGUACCAUCUUUAUCAGACUUCUCUGCCUCAGUCUCCAGACUUCUGGUUACACUCCAUCCUCAUGUGGUCCUCGUUUGCCGUCGUAAACGUGGUAUCAUCUUUGUUUGAUGUGGCCUGCGUCCGGUAUGUAUUCACUAUUCUUGGACUUUGCUUGUUCGGUCGCGAUGGUUGUCGCGAGCCAAUUCCACUGGUACCAUCCUUCCUCUACUCUACCUCACCAGGCUCACUAGGUGGCUGGAUGCUGGCUGCCUUGCGCGGCAGCUCCUACAACUGUGCUGGAACAUCAUUGAUAGUGUCCUCUAUCACGAUGACAUUGACUGGAGGGAUGCUUUGGGUCAUCACUACUCUGGAUGUCCUCGGUCUGGUAGAGUGUGCGCGGUAUGCUUCAUUGGUCCAUCGCAAAUGGUUGACAUGGGCUAAGCUGACUAUGGCUAAGGGCGUAGGUACUCACGGCCAGCUGCCAAAUCCUCUGUCUCGCAUCGGUAACAUCCCUGACAUUCCUAUUCGACUCCAACGAGCAACUCUUUCACAAGACUUCAGGGCUUAUUAUCACCGUCACGAAGCCCCUCCCAUUGCGUCCUAUGCCCCCUUCCUAACAUGGCUGUUCGGUCAUAGUCUGAGCUGGGUUACUGCAAUCUUCGUCCUUCUGACGGGCGUGGUCGUCAACGUCACUGGUCAUCACUUCGCCACUGGUUUGUUUCAGGCCAUCACAGGACUGGACAUCUUCUGCCUUUUCUUGUCAGGGCUCGAUGAGCAUCUGGAGGGCGUCUUGAAGAUGGAUGGUCUCGGCGAGUUGGAGCAAGCUGUAGUAGAAUGUGCUGGUGACAGCGACACUGGGUCCGACCAUUUCCGCGAGUAUGAGGAGGCUAAGGAUAGAGGUAUCUGGGACUACGCCGCAUUGGUGCGGGGGUGUGGUCGUAGGCUUAGCUACAGGGCCCGGGGAUGGCUCGGCUUCCUCUGGGUUUGUAUUGGUAGAUGGACUUCUACUGCCAAUGGUCGAGGCUUUCAAGUGAAUAGUCGCGCUGAGUAUUCGAACCCUCUACCAGUUCGAGACGAAUUGGAGUAUGUGGAUUUCGGUAAGUUCGACGGGAUGGAAGGGGGAGAUGUCGACACAUUAAGGAGACUCAUUGUGAAGGUGCAUAGUCUUGGUCGAGCCAUGAAGAUAUGCAGCCAGAUUAGAGGUGGACUUGUCAUUUUCAUAGCCAUCCUGAGUGGACCGGAUAUCCGGGCGCUAUUCCCUGUAACUGGUUUGGUCAUGCUGUUGCUGCUGUGUUUGGUAGAGUCUUUGCUACAGGGAGUACAUUUGGUGAUACAUUCUUACGAGCUUUCUUACCAAGCGAUAGCUGAGCAAAUGCAUAUUGAAAACGAGCUGGAUGAUGGGAUGGUCCUAUACGAGGGAGGGACCCCCGACGACGAGGAGGGAAUGCGCGUUCAACGUUCGGGCUCGCAGGGCACUAACAGGUUCAUGAAUCUGUUCAGCAAAGGGAAAUCUCAUGCCGAUGAUGGUAGUGUCGAGAUGUCGGGGAGGUAUCGGAGUCGAGUGGCCACCCCGGCACCGUUGGGUUUGCGGCGACAUGGGUCAACUGAGAACACUGGUAGUUUCGUCAGGCGACUGGUCAAGAAGGGGUCUGUAGCGGCAGCAGGAGGAGGUUCUCUUCCGCCGAUGAAGGUGUCUUCCUGUGAUCAGAUGAGGCGGUGUGAUAAGGAUGCUACGGACAAGUACAGCAUCCCCUCAGUCCUGUUGAUGGAGAACGCUGGUAUCACUAGCUAUCGCUGUCUCACAGAGCUCUUGCCCGGUCAUCGCAUGACCCAACAGACCAAGGUCCUUGUGGUUUGUGGACCUGGAAAUAACGGUGGCGAUGGUUUCGUGGUCGCUCGUUAUGUCCAUAGCAAUGGAGGUCAGGUGAAAGUGAUAUUGCUGAAUGGCAGGGAGAAGUAUCACGGCGAUGCUAGUACCAAUUUGAAUAUUGUUGACUGCAUUCCGGGUAUAUCUGUUGAAAUCGCGACCAGCGAAGAGGCUAUCAGCUCGGCAGUCGACUGGGCGGAUGUCCUCGUGGAUGGUAUCUUCGGUACAGGGCUUGGUCGUGUCGUCGACCCUAGCAGUCCCUUUGGAGUGGCUAUUGCUGCUAUCAAUAGGGCGUCGAAACCUGUUAUGUCCUUGGACAUACCAUCGGGAGUGAAUGGAGACUCCGGCCGGAUCAUGGGAGAUCAAGUGCAUGCAACUGCGACAGCUACUUUUGGGUUGGUGAAGAUUGGUAACUUGGUUUACCCUGGACGUGAGAUGUGCGGGAACUUGACGGUUACACACAUUGGAUAUCCUCCGGAACUAUACGCCGAUUUGAAUACCUAUGUUAACUACUUCCCACAACUUCCAUCGCGAAGUCCAGCUGGGCAUAAAGGCUCCCUUGGCAAAGCGCUAUUUGUAUGUGGAGCUGAAGGGUACUACGGAGCACCCAUGCUGAGUAGCUACAGCUUCCUGAAGGCUGGUGGAGGGUACAGUAGACUGGCCACUGUCGGAAGCAUUAUACCAGUUAUCGCUGGGGAGGCUCCGUCUAUCGUUUUCCACGAACUAGAGAGCACUACUGCUGGCAGCAUCGGCAGCAGCAACUAUGACCGGCUGUUUAAGAUGGCCCAAGACCUGGCUGAUAUCGUCGUGGUUGGACCUGGUAUUUCGACUAACGGUGAUACAGCUAGGUUGGUGCGGAGUAUGGUACUGAAUGUGGAUAAGCCUAUGGUCAUCGACGGUGACGGUAUCACAGCGAUCUCCAUACCUCCAGUCGAUUCAACUGACAUAUUCUCCACCGCCUCUCAGCUCUUGCAGGAGCGCCAUCGAAAGCAGUUGUCCCCAGUGGUCCUCACGCCUCACUUGGCCGAGCUUAGCCGUCUCACUGGCCUCUCGAUGGCAGAGCUCACGAACGGAUCUCGGAGUUUGCUGGAGGUUGGACGGGAGCUGGGCCGUAGUACAAAUGCUGUCGUCGUUGUCAAGGGAGCGACGUCUAUGGUAUGCGAACCUUCAGGUCGGGCGCGGAUGAACCUGUCUGGGAAUAGUGGCAUGGGUACGGCCGGAAGUGGGGAUGUUCUCAGUGGCCUCAUCCCUGCUAUGUAUGCCGCGUAUGGUCAUGAUGUGGAUAGUCUUGGUGACGCUGUGGCAGCGGCUGUAUUCGUGCAUGGAGUUGCUGGAGACAUCGCGGCUAUCAACCUUGGAGGGGAAGAUGGAGUUACAGCAUCCGAUAUCAUGAAUGCUGUCCCUGAGGCUGUGUCGUACGUCCGAGGCGAGAGCGCAUUUGCCAAGUACAGCUCGGAGUUGGAGCCAAGAUACUCUAUGCCAUUCCGUGACAUACGGGACUCGGUUGAUGGAGUGGAGCAGCCUCGGGAACAGCCGCCGCCACUCGCAGCUAUCGUGCCGGUUUCGGAGGACUUGCUACCACCACCGACAGAAUUGCCUCCAUCCCUCGUUGCUGUGGAGAGGCGUAUCAAGGAGGUCACAGAGGAGAUCGCCCGUCUAGAAAAGGAGGGUAGUCUGUCGUGCCAGCCUCCGGAGGAGCAUAUGGCUAUGACCAGGGUGGAGAUAACCAAACCCCCACCGAUGAAGUCUCUGAGCGAGUCUGACUUGCAGAUCCCUCGGGCAAAGAAAGCUCAGCCAGAUGAGAGGGUCCUCGCCCGUAAGGCGCUGCUGUUACGUAUAGAGAAGGAAGUUGUUGACGAGAUUGAGAAAGAACGUAAGGAGGAAAUAAGGCGUGGAAUUGAUCUGCGAGCCCGGUACGCAACCCGAUCGAAGGUGUGGGAUAUACAAGUGCCGAGGCUUCGUGAUGAGCAUUGGAUGGAGGAGGAUGGGCCAAUACGGAAGCGAAUGGAAGAGCAAUUAGUGCAAGAAUACAUCCUGCGGCCUGAUGGUCAGAACUUAUACUGA